GUGUUAGGCUGCUCUUGUUUUUCAAAUUUUUUAUUGACCACGCUCUCUUUCUUGGAUAUAAUGUUUCUCAUGAACUGUAUACGCACUGUAUUAUCUUUGGCGGGAAAAUGAGUAGUGGACUCGUCGAGUAGUAGUAGAGUACGACAGUUCUGCAAAUAGUGAGCGCGCGCGCCAGAGAGAAAAUGGCGAACAGUUCAAGUUCCAGCCCAAAUGCAGAUCUUCAUACCAUUCUUGAAGCCAUCCAAUCAUCGGACUACAGGUUGUUGAGAAUCGUGUUCAAUUGCUUGAUGAAGUUGGAGAGUUAAAUAUAACAGAUGUUUCUGAAGUUGCAUCUCUUGUAGACUUUCUUCAAAUACUCUGGGAAGAUUUUACUUGUCUAGACACAUCUCAGUGCACACUAAAUAAGGCCAUUUUGAAUGUUGCUGCAAAGUAUGUGGAUUCAGACAUUUCUGGAAGUCUCAGGCAAUUUUUGGGUUUAGGAGCAAAGGCUGCCAUAUGGUGUAGAAAGCACCUUAAGAUGACAGUUAUGUCUACUGGUCAGGAUUCACAAGAAGAACAUGACAACCUCUUUUAUCAGUUGCUCGUGGAUUUGCUGGGCUAUGCUGCCUCUGGCUUUUCAGCUUUGACCAGAUAUCCAAUUGCAAGUAACAAAGGCUUGAUAACUGCUGUUGAGAGUUUCAUUUUUGAGCAAUUGAACCUGAUAAAGGAUUCUAUUUCAGAGAUAAAGGCACUUUGUGUGUUUGGAUCAGAAAUGCAAAAGAUGGUACACGAUGCCCUUGAUUCUUUGAUACGAUUAUGCAGGGUGUACUCUGACAACAUAAAUUGGGAUUCAUAUCAUCUAAGAGCAGAUAGUGAUACAAACAUCAUAGGUGUCGUAGAGGCGGAUACCACUGAUCACGUUCUCAAUUUAAUGACACUUUCAGUCGAGAAACUACGUGACUUAGGCAUCAUCGCAGGUAAUAAUGGUGGAAGUUCUGUGAGCUUAUUAAAUUUGUCAUGGAAAGGUGUAGUGACCUUGCUUCAGCUCGGGAAGGGUGCUUUAGCGGUAAAGGUGGAUAUAGGAGGCACCAUCUUGAGUUUGAUUUCACUAGCUAAUAAUUGUUUGAGGAUUGCAGCUGAGGGGUGGUCAUCCCCACAGAAACAAAUAGUUUCUUUUGUUGAAGCUAAAAGAAUAUUUCUCCCGGUUAAGUUUUAUCUCAUUAAUGCCGUAAGAAUUAUCUCCCAGUAUCCAACCCAAGCCUUUUCAGUUUUCAAAGACAUCACCCUAUCUCUUGUUAAGAUGGAAACCUUUAAAAUAUUACUGUGUAGAGAUGAACUCCUAAAAUUUGCAAGUGAAGCAAUGGUGGAAAUACUGGAGCCUACAUCCUUGCAUAUGCUCAAUUCUCUGCUCAACUCUGCUCAAUUGCAACCAGAUCACAAGUUACAACUUCUGGAUUGGAUGUUUGGAUUUGGGUGUGGAUGGGAUUCAGAUUAUGUAGCUUCAUCUAGUGACUGUGAGGUGGAUGGACUGGAUGCUAUUUUUUGCUCAAGUUCUGAUGCCGUACAGAGUGGGAAAGCUCUAUUGCCUGGUCGGGUUAUUGUGUAUCUUAAUUUACUGAAGAGUGCUCCUGAUAUUGAUGAUACUGUUAGGAUGGUGAUAGCCAGAAAACUUGAUUGGUUAUUGGGAGCAUUUGUAGAUGAUUAUAUAUAUUCUUUGAUUCUAGCCUUGCAAAUUCCUGUGGCCCACAGUUCAACUCAAAAGCAAGCAAUAAUUUAUGAGCCUAUAUUUAAUUCAGCACUCCAUGCAUUGAAAACCUUCAUGAUAUCUAGUUCUUCAAGUUCGGCAUGGUGUCACAUAGAGCAUUUCCUGCUCGAGAAUAUUUUCCAUCCCCACUUUCUCUGCCAUGAAAUUGUUACUGAACUGUGGUGUUUUAUGUGUCGCCAUGCUGAGAAAGAAACAAUGCAUGACAUCAUCGAUAAACUUUGCUCAUUGCUGCAGUAUUCAGCAUCUCCUGAAUCUGUAGUUGUUCCUCAUAGUGCAAUGCGAAAAGUUGCAGGACUCAUUUGCAGGCUUGUUACUCUUGGUUCAGAAUCAAUGGCGGAUAAAAUUUAUUCUUCAGUUGUGGGCCAUAGAAGAUCUGCGCUUUCGUCCAAUACGUACUUAGCCCUGCUCAUGGAGGGUUUCUCUCUGGAUUUGCUUUCCAACAAACUGAGGAGUGCAGCCAAACAACAAAUUAUUGUUGAAUAUUUUCAGUUUCUGGACACAUUUGAAGAUAAACUACCAAGGGAACGGUCUGUUGUUUAUGGUGCUCCAGUUUUUGCUCUAUCGGCAGUACUACAAUCCGGUUCUGUCAAUAUAUCUGACACUGAGAUGAAGAGUUUAAAGUUCCUAGUAGCUGUGAUUAAAAAAUUCAAUAGCUCAAUGGACUGCCCAGAAAAGGAAGGUUAUAGAAGGCUUCUGAGUGAAACUUUAACCAUCGUCUCCAAGAUAAAAAAUGUGUAUUCGUCUGAUGACAUGGAAGGUGUCAUCUUGAAGCUUCAGAACCUUUUCAUUUCGAGCCCAUCAGAUAGUCGAUUGUUUCUAUGCAAACCAAACCUUUCAUUCUUCAUGGCUAGUCUUGGCUACUUAAAUUUGGCAGAUGGAGAAGAUACUGCAAUGAGUGUUGCUGUAAGGGAGCUAUAUCAUAUGCUAUUAAGAGAGAGGCAUUGGGCCUUCAUUCACUUGGCAAUGGCAGCUUUUGGAUUUUUUGCAGCACGUACAAAUUGUAACCAGCUAUGGAAAUAUGUGCCACCAGAUGCUGCACUAUCGUUCGAUUUGGAUUCAGGGAUUGAAGCAGAAGAAGAGAGGUUUAUGACGGAGUUAAAAGUCUUUCUUGAGAAGGAGAUGUCGAGUCCAAAUGCAAAUUUGCUCCCGAUGCUCAGAAAGGAGGGACAAGCGUUGAAAGAGAUGGUCACCAUGAAAAUAAAAGCAUGUGGUGAACCAAUGGAGGUUGAUAAUGAGAAACUACAAAGCAGCAGGAAAAGAAAAUUGCCAGAUGGGAUUGGUGAAGGAAUGGAACUACUACAGAAUGGUCUGAAGGUUAUGGGAGAUAGUCUUUCUACAUGGAACCAACUGGACUCCAUGGAAAUUCACGAAAAGUUCUUGAAGCAAAUUUGUAAACUCAAAGAUGUGAUCACCAGCUUGUCUGGCUUAGCCGGAACUGAGUAACCACUAUUCUAGUCCUCAUCAUAUUUUCACCUUGCCGUUCUGAUUUCGGACGAAUUGUACCAUAUGGAACUCCUAACCAUUUUCAUGGAAAUUUGAGGUGUAUUGACGUCCAUUGUAGUUAAAUAUUAAGCUAAAUGAAUAGGUCGAAGUUGCAUGACUUGGAUGUUACGACUGUUCAAAUAUUAAAUGCUUUUUAGUUGCUUUAAAUAAUGUUUUUUGUUUAAGUCUGCAAUUUUUC